UUCUGAACAAGAUAAAGAAGAAUGGAUCAAGGCACUUCAGAGUACUAUAGAAGCUUUUCAGCAGAGGAAUGAAACCUUCAGAAAUGCCAUUGCUAAAGAAUAUGAAGACAUGCCUAUUGAAGUUUCUAAUGCUGAGCUUGGGAAGAGAGCACCAAGGUGGAUACGGGACAAUGAAGUAACCAUGUGCAUGAAAUGCAAGGAGCCCUUUAAUGCCCUGACAAGGAGAAGACAUCACUGUCGAGCAUGUGGACAUGUGGUUUGUUGGAAAUGUUCUGAUUACAAGGCACAUCUUGAGUAUGAUGGGAAUAAAUUGAACAAAGUCUGUAAGGACUGCUACCACGUUAUAAUUGGUUGUACAGACAGUGAAGAAAAGAAGAAGAAAGGCAUCUUGGAGAUUGAAUCUGCAGAAGUCUCUGGAAAUAGUGUCAUAUGUAGCUUUCUUCAGUACAUGGAAAAAUCCAAGCCCUGGCAAAAAGCAUGGUGUGUUAUACCUAAACAGGAGGCUCUUGUGCUCUACAUGUAUGGUGCUCCACAGGAUGUCAAAGCUCUGGCUACAAUUCCCCUUCUGGGCUAUGCAGUGGAUGAUGCUCCGAGAAGUGCUGACCUCCCUCACAGCUUCAAACUGACCCAGUCUAAGUCUGUGCACAGCUUUGCUGCAGACAACGAGGAACUGAAACAGAAAUGGCUAAAAGUGAUCCACUUAGCUGUCAAAGGUGAGACACCAGAAUGUCAAAAUGAACUGCAAGUGCAUUUAGAAGAGCAACCUGAGCCUUCUAAAACAUCUGAAUGCUGAAGAACACAUGGUAUUUUUAAAAGAUUUGAAUUGAGUUUGUGGUUAAC